AACAUGGAGUAGUUUUGAAUCAUAAUCAUUAGGGAAAUGUCUCCUUGGGUUGUCUUUUUAAUGAAAAUAUGUGCCUAUGCAAAUUAGGAGCAGGUGAAAGAAAUAACCAGCAAAUCAAGCCCCCGGUAAAGCCGCAGGCGUCAGGGAAACCAGGUGGGACUAUAUCCACCGUCACCACAGGCACGGUGGCUUUCCCUGGGGCGGCCCUGACAGCAGCUGGCGCUGGCAAAGCUUUAGCUGGCAGAGGAGUGCGAUGCAGCUCAGUACCGCCUGAUGAGUACUGCGAAUCUGCCGUUAAGAGGUGGUAUUAUGACAGCAAUAAUGGCACAUGCGUCCGCUACAAUGUUGGAAGAUGUCAGCCAAAACCAGGCUUCCUAUUUUGUCGUCGAUGUGCUACAGCAUGUAUGGAUGAAUAUGAAGCAGACCCCGAACCUUGGAGUGCGUAUAAAGGUCUGCAGCGUGGAGCUCCACCUCUCCCAAAAGCACGACGCAAAACAGCGCAUAGAGUAAUAAACUUUGCAGAGGAUGAAUUUGGGGGCUCGGUAAAGACGGCUCGAAAAAAGGGUGGUGGUUUGCUGGGCCUACGAUGCAGAGUUGAACCUCCAAGUGCUGACUGCACCAACGGCGCUACGAUGUGGUUUUAUGAUCCGGAUAACGGCACAUGUGUUGCCCAUGACGUGGGAAACUGCGUCACAUUUGGUUUUCUUAUAUGUCAAAUAUGUGUGACAACAUGCAUGGGUGCCCGAUGGGGAGAUCCAGUGAUUGACAACAUCUGCCGCUUUCAAGGUGAAGUGUAAGCAGGCGGAUGGGAUGACGUAGUUCUUAAAACAGUGAACGUUGAUUUUCCAGUACAGUAGUGUUACAAUAAAGAAUUAUGCGGUGUCCCAUGACAAAAAAAGAAAUGGUAAA